CACUACAUCCUCUCUUUUCUUCUCUAGUCCCCACCUUUUUGUUUUUUCUCCCAUUUCUUACUAAAAAUACUCAUCAAAUUUCUCUCCCCAAAGAAAAAAAAAAUUCUCUUUUAAUCAUGUCAGCUGAUCAUGAUCAUAAACCUAAAUUUAAUUCCGCCGAAGGCUCUUCGCGCUCCGGCGGAGAUCAUCAUCAUCAGCAGCAGCAGCAACUGCCUCCGUUGAGUCGGUACGAGUCGCAAAAGAGAAGAGAUUGGAACACGUUCGGACAGUAUUUAAAGAAUCAGAGACCUCCAGUUUCUUUAUCUCAGUGUAACUGUAAUCAUGUUCUUGAAUUUCUUAGGUAUCUUGAUCAGUUUGGAAAAACUAAGGUUCAUUUAAAUGGAUGUGUGUUUUUCGGACAACCUGAUCCUCCUGCUCCUUGUACUUGUCCUUUAAGACAAGCUUGGGGAAGCCUUGAUGCCCUAAUCGGACGGCUUCGAGCUGCUUUCGAAGAACACGGAGGCUCACCGGAGAUUAAUCCGUUCGGAAAUGGCGCUAUUCGGGUUUAUUUGCGUGAAGUUAGGGAGUGUCAAGCUAAAGCUAGAGGUAUUCCAUAUAAGAAGAAAAAGAAGAAGAAGAUUCAAAUUAAGCCUAAAGAAGAGCCAAAUCCCUCUAUGCAAUUACCCGCUUAAGAACAAUUAAAUGGAUCAUCAGUUGGAUGUGAGGGUUACCUUACAGAGAAAAGGCUAAUGUUGGGAGUUUUAUUUCGUCGGUCUCUUUAUAUAAGUUUGUGGGUAAUAUGUAGGUUUUUCCUCAGCAAGAGAUAGUUAAUAUAUAUGUAAUAUAUGAAAGAAUUUCAUAAGCUACCUUUCCUAUAUAAAUUAUGUCUGUCAGUCAA